AUGGGAAGAACUCCUUGCUGUGACAGGGCAAAUGUAAAGAAAGGACAAUGGACUCCCGAAGAAGACUCGAAGCUGAAGGAAUACAUGGAGAGGAAUGGUACUGAAGGGAAUUGGAUAGCUCUCCCACAAAAAGCUGGGCUCAGAAGAUGUGGAAAAAGCUGCAGAUUGAGAUGGUUGAACUAUCUCAGACCUAAUAUUAAGCAUGGGGAAUUCACGGAUGAUGAAGAAAGAAUAAUUUGCAGUCUUUUUGCUAGUAUUGGAAGCAGGUGGUCAAUUAUAGCAGGUCAGUUACCAGGCAGGACUGAUAAUGAUAUCAAGAACUACUGGAACACUAAGCUCAAGAAGAAAUUCCAUAUGGGGAUGGUGCCAUCUAUGCAGCAGAAAAACCAUCCCCUAGCUAUAUCCUAUUCACUUAAUCAGAAUUCAUCAGUAGAAUCUCCAUAUUCAACAAGCAACAACAAUUAUUACACCAGUAAUCCAGCUAGUUCGAUCAGGGGCUAUGAUACCAUGACCAGUACCCCAACAUAUCCCCUGGAAAGCACCUGUAUCACCAGUACAGACCUCCAAGCUCAAGAUGGCUAUGUGGGUGUGGGUGCCAUGCAUAAUAAUCAGAUUAAAGACAGCCACCUGAUCAUCUUUGGAUCAGGUGAAGCUAGUUGUAGUUCAUCUGAUGGUAGUUGCACUACCAACCACAUUAUAAGCCAUGGCCAAGAGGUAGUACAGUAUGAUCAUGGAUUCUCCAGCCAUUUCAGCAGUGGGAUUGAUGAAUAUGUCAAGUUGAUGCUUACUGAAAAUGGGGAUUCAGUCAAUGGAUAUGUUUAUGAAGAUUCAUUGGACUACAAUAUUGAAGUGAUGAAGCAGUUGGAUUACACUAAUAAUUUCAGCACCAACCAGAUUUGA